AUGUCUUCUUCCAGACUAGCUCUCCGAAUUCUACGCACACGGGCUCCUCUAAUUACCUACCGUGCCCGGGCUACCUACGCCACCGGCAGCAAGACAACUUCAACUGGUGGCAAGAACACACCCCCACCCGCAGGCAAGAUCCAACACGACAAAUGGGAGCCAGACCUCGCUAGCCCCAGCGAAGAAGCUGUCAAGGCGGACCGUGAGGAUUUUGGCGGCAACGAGAAGCUGCAGGAGUUAUCGAAAAAGGUUGACGAGCAGAUUGAAGAGUUGCAUCAUCAUAAGCAGCCUGGGGCGAAGAAGAACUGA